AUGGCCGACGAGCCCGCCGCCUUCCGCGCCUUCCCAGGCUCAUCCGCCUUCUCGGACUUCCGCCUUCGAAGACUGGCCAAAGCUAUCGAUGCCACAGACCUUCAGGCUAUCUGGGUUCACUAUGUCGCCUCGUACCAGGAACUACUCGCAGAGCAGAUAUCGACACUGGAUCAGCUUCUUGAGUAUGGAUCCUUCCCGGACUCCACGAAUGAGCUCUACGGCACUUUGCUCAAGGCUGUCAUCAAUGGACGGACGCCGGACGACAGGAAUGUAAGGCUGUACUAUGUUUCACCGAGACAAGGAACGAUCUCGCCGUGGAGCUCGAAGGCGACGAGUAUCGCUCAUGUUUGUGGAUUGGAGAAGGUGGUGAAGCGGGUCGAGCGGGGGCUGGUCUUCGCUGCCACUUUUGAUACUGCACCAGAAGAUGGCAAUGUACCCGAAGCGGAUAUGCUGCAUGACCGCAUGACAGAGUACGUCUCGACACAUCCUCCAGUCUUGGAAGCGAUGUUCGCGCAACAACGACCCGCUCCUCUGCAACGGAUACGGAUUUUGGACAGCGCUUCAGGGUCCAAGGCUGCGCUGCAGGAAGCCAAUACCAGACUCGGACUUGCCCUCGACGCUUCAGAAAUCGACUACUUGAUCGAUGCAUACACAAACCAGCUACGCCGAGAUCCCACAGAUGUCGAGUUGUUCAUGUUUGCGCAAGUCAACUCGGAGCAUUGCCGACACAAGCAGUUCAACGCGGAUUGGACGAUCGAUGGUGUGAAGCAGCCGCGGAGUCUGUUCUCGAUGAUCAGAAACACGCAUAACGCGCAUCCCCAGCAUGUUAUCAGUGCGUACAGCGACAACGCUGCAGUCAUGCAGGGAUAUGACGGCACUCAUUGGGCGCCAGACAACACACUGGGUGAAUGGAAGCAGCAGAAGGAAGUCGUGCACUACCUUGGAAAGGUCGAGACGCACAACCACCCAACUGCUGUGUCCCCGUAUCCUGGGGCAGCUACUGGAUCUGGUGGCGAGAUCAGAGAUGAGGGUGCUGUGGGGAGAGGCUCACGACCGAAAGCGGGACUGGCUGGGUUUACCGUGUCUGAUCUGCUAAUACCUGAUAUGAAGCAGCCUUGGGAACUUGAUGUAGGCAAGCCAGCUCAUAUCGCGAGCAGCUUCGACAUCAUGACUGAGGCGCCGAUUGGGAGUGCAGCGUUCAACAAUGAGUUUGGACGACCUUGCACGACUGGGUACUUCAGGACGCUUACAACACGGGUGCCAGUCAUGGACGGCGAGUCGGAGAUUAGAGGAUAUCACAAGCCUAUAAUGAUUGCCGGUGGUGUUGGGACAGUGCGACCACAACAUGCUCUCAAGGAGAAGGGACUCGUCAGUCCAGGCGCUCACCUCAUCGUACUUGGUGGCCCCGCGAUGCUGAUCGGGCUGGGAGGUGGAGCGGCUUCAAGCAUUCAAUCAGGACAGGGAAGCGCAGAGCUGGACUUUGCAAGCGUGCAGCGCGGCAAUGCUGAGGUGCAGCGACGAGCACAGGAGGUCAUCAACGCCUGUACUUCACUUGGUCCGCAAAGUCCUAUCCAGCUCAUCCACGAUGUUGGCGCAGGUGGUCUGUCGAACGCUCUGCCUGAGCUGGUCGAAGAUGCCGGCUAUGGUGCGAAGUUCGAGCUGAGAGAGAUCGACAAUGCGGACCCUGCUCUAAGUCCGCUGGAGAUCUGGUGCUGCGAGGCGCAGGAACGGUAUGUCAUGGCGGUAGCACCCGACAAGCUGGACGUCUUCACCAAGAUAGCGAAGCGGGAACGGUGCGGCUACUCUGUUGUGGGCAAGGCGCAGCGGGAGAAGCAACUGAUUCUGAUGGACCGAGACUCCCCUGACGAACCGAAACCAAUCGACCUACCAAUGCCGGUACUGUUCGGCAAGCCUCCGAAGAUGCACAGAACGGUCGACUCGAGGAGGCUGAGAAUACCGGCCUUCGACAGCAGCUUGUCGACAUACCUGCCUGGUGUGCCUUCUGAGUCUUUGCUUGGCGAGGCUGUUGAUCGCGUGCUGCAAUUGCCAUCAGUCGGUUCGAAAUCCUUCCUUAUCACCAUCGGCGACCGGACAGUUGGCGGUCUUACAGUUCGAGAUCAAAUGAUCGGACCAUGGCAGACACCUGUCGCCGACGUCUCGGUCACGGCAACCUCGCUCACCCCUGGUAUCAAGACUGGUGAGGCUAUGGCGAUGGGGGAGCGGCCUUCGCUAGCACUCAUAUCUCCCGCUGCGUCGGCAAGAAUGGCAGUUGCUGAGAGUCUGACGAACAUUGCUGCCGCGAGCUUACCGAGCCGUCUGAAUCGUGUGCGCUUGUCUGCCAACUGGAUGGCUGCGAGUAGUCAUCCUGGCGAGGGCGCAGCUUUGUACGAAGCUGUUGAGGCGAUUGGCAUGGAGCUGUGUCCUGAGCUCGGCAUCAGCAUUCCUGUCGGCAAGGACUCAAUGUCUAUGAAAACGAAGUGGGAAGGCAAAGAGGUAACUGCUCCGCUGUCUUUGAUCAUCACCGCUUUUGCACCAGUCAACGACUUGAGCAGUACUUGGACGCCAGCAUUGCGGAGGACGGAGGAUGUUGGUGAGACGUUGCUAAUGUUCAUCGACCUUGCGGGUGCCAGGAAAGCUCUUGGUGGCUCAGCGCUCGCGCAGGUCUUUGGUCAAGUGGGCAACACAGCUCCUGAUGUGCACGAUGCGGAAGCCAUCAAGGACUUCUACCAUGCUGUGGAGCAGUUACAUGAGUCGGAUAUCGUGCUGGCGUACCAUGACCGCUCGGAUGGUGGGCUAUUCACUACUCUGGUCGAGAUGAUGUUUGCAGGUCGCUGCGGGCUUCAGGUCAUGCUUGAUAACAUCACCAAGUCUGGACGACCUCAAGAUCUCAUGGAGGCUCUUUUCAACGAGGAGCUCGGAGCGGUAUUCCAGAUCCGAAGGAAGGACGAGAACGAGUUCCGGGGUGUGUUUGCGCCGAUGACGCCCAUCACUAUUGGCACAGUGCCGAAGACCAGCAAGCAGGAGCUAUCGCUGCAUUACGCCGCGACGUGUCCCUAUCGGGCAUCACGCAAAGACCUGCAAGAGAAGUGGUCAAAGACUUCGUGGGCCAUGCAGAAGCACAGGGACAACCCUGAAUGUGCCGACGCUGAGUUCGACAACAUUAGCGACGACAAUGACCACGGCCUCCGAUACAAGCUCACCUUUAAUCCAAAGGACAAUAUUCUGCCUUAUGCUACGAGCUUCACUUCGCAAAUACGCGCGAAGCCGAGGGUGGCGAUCUUGCGAGAGCAAGGCGUCAAUGGUCAUGCGGAAAUGGCGUUCGCUUUCUCUGUCGCUGGCUUCUCGCCAAUUGACGUGCACAUGACGGACAUCCUUUCUGGACGGUUCUCGUUGGCGUCCGUGACAGGUCUUGCAGCUUGCGGAGGCUUCAGCUACGGCGAUGUGCUAGGAGCUGGCCAGGGAUGGGCAAAGAGUGUGCUCCUCCAUGAGGGCGCAAGGAACGAUUUCAAGGCCUUCUUUGAGCGAAAAGACACCUUCACUCUCGGUGUCUGCAACGGCUGCCAGUUCCUCUCGCGGCUGACCGAAAUCAUCCCCGGUGCCGAGAACUGGCCAACCUUCGAGCGCAACAUCAGCGAGCAGUACGAAGCCAGAGUCUGCAUGGUCGAGGUCAAAGAUCCGCCAUCGCAGAAGCCGAGCGUCUUCCUACACGGCAUGGACGGCAGCUACCUCCCCAUCGUGACUGCUCACGGUGAAGGUCGAGCGAGCUUCUCGCCCACUGGGCAGUCUUCACCGCAGUCGCUCAUCGACCAAGGACUCGUUAGCAUGCGAUACGUGGACAACUAUUUCAAGCACACAGAGCGAUAUCCGUACAAUCCCAACGGCAGUCCACUGGGGAUUACUGGAGUGCGGACGCCAGAUGGCAGGGUGUUGGCGCUCAUGCCCCACCCGGAGCGGACUAUCUUGAAGGAGGUGUCGAGUUAUCUUCCUCAGGAGCAGGCGAAGGAGUGGGGAGAGUUUGGGCCUUGGGUGCGGAUGUUUAAGAGCGCGCGGCGUUGGGUGGGGUGA